AUGCGGUAUACCUCUUUGCUUACCAUAGCCGGCGUCACAGGCCUGGUGCUGGCAGCACCAGGUCCAUCCCUAUCUAAAAGGACAUCUUCCUUCGUUUGGUUCGGUGCAAACGAAGCUGGCGCAGAGUUUGGGAGUGGGAACAUUCCAGGAAAACUAGGCACCGAUUAUAUCUGGCCAUCGACCUCAGCCAUUCAAACUCUGCGUAGUGCAGGGAUGAAUAUAUUCCGCGUUCCCUUCGCAAUGGAGCGUUUGGUUCCGGGAACUCUGACGUCGAGUGCGGAUGCGACCUACCUGGCUUCAUUGAAAAGUACUGUCAACUAUAUCACGUCCAGCGGUGGAUAUGCUGUUGUUGAUCCUCACAAUUUUGGACGAUAUUAUGGCAACAUCAUCACCUCUACUAGUGACUUCGGAGCCUUUUGGACCACUCUCGCAUCGGAAUUCGCAUCGAAUGACAAGGUCAUUUUCGACACAAAUAACGAAUUCCAUUCGGAAGACCAAACCUUGGUGCUGAACCUGAAUCAAGCUGCUAUCAACGCUAUCCGAGCUGUAGGAGCCAAAUCACAGUACAUUUUUGUGGAGGGCAACUCCUGGAGUGGCGCAUGGACAUGGCCGACUGUCAAUGAUAAUAUGAAAGCCUUGACAGACCCACAGAACUUGAUUAUUUAUGAGAUGCACCAAUAUCUUGACUCCGAUGGUUCCGGCACAUCAGAGACGUGUGUUAGCUCAACCAUCGGCCAAGAACGAGUUGUGGCUGCCACACAGUGGCUCAAGGACAACGGCAAGAAGGCCUUCUUAGGCGAAUUUGCUGGGGGUGCCAAUUCUGUCUGUCAAAGUGCAGUGACAGGUAUGCUCGAUUACUUGCAAGCGAAUAGCGAUGUCUGGCUUGGUGCGUCCUGGUGGUCCGCGGGACCAUGGUGGGGAGAUUACAUGUACAGCUUCGAGCCUCCUUCCGGCGUAGGCUAUACUUACUAUAUGAGUCUUCUGAAGAAUUAUUUCCCCGGCUCGAAUGGCUCAGGUGGGACAACCACCGCAGUCACCACCACUUCCACAACAACCGUCGCUACUACUACCAAGACCACCACCGCAACUGGGUCAAGCACCACCGGCGCAGCUCACUAUGCACAAUGUGGUGGAAAUAACUGGACCGGGGCAACUACCUGUGUCAGCCCGUACACAUGCCAGAAGCAGAGUGAUUACUACUCGCAGUGCCUGUAG